GCGGCCGUAGCCGUUGAUCGGUUGGAUACGCUGGCUGUGGUGUGUGCGCCUGCGUCUGAUUUCUAGUUUUUCGUCUUCAUCGUUGUGCGCGGGUUUCGCGCUAGCGUUCGGUGUACCCGUCGUAGUGAUCUAAAUGAAGUUUCUCCGAGUCACUGCUAGAUUCAAGAGCCGUAUUUUAGCCUCUAUAAUGGUUCAAAAACUAUAACAAGGUGUCAGAGCAGUCUUCCGUCGUGAACAUGUUGCCAGGGGUAGGUGUUUUCGGUACUGGUAAGUCGGUGCGAGUGCUGGUCCCGUGUUUGCGCUCUCGUGGCUUUAAGGUAGAAGCCAUUUGGGGCCGGACUAUUGAUACAGCGAAGGAAGCUGCUUUGGAACUGGGCAUUCCGUUUUACACGAGCAAGGAAGAUGAGGUCCUUCUACACAAAAGCGUUGAUUUGGUGUGCAUCAUGUGCUCUCCUCACCAGCACGCCCAGAUCGCCGUCAAGGCUCUCGGCAUUGGAAAGCAUGUUCUGUGCGAUCGCCCUGCCGGUCUGUCACAGUCGGAAGUACUUAAGAUGGUGCGAGCUGCGCAGUACUACCCAACGCUCAUAUCAGUGCUUUGCCACAGUCUGCGAUUCCUACCAGCGUACGUUCACAUGAAGCGGCAGAUACAGGACGGGUAUGUGGGAACUGUGCAGAUAAUUGAGGCUCGCGUACAUUGCGGGUCUCUUGUUCAUGACCGCUACGACUGGACUUGCGAAGAGUCCAUGGGAGGUGGUGUACUGUCCACAUUUGGCAGUCACAUAAUCGACAUAGCAGCUUUUGUGACGGGCCUUCGCGCAGUUCGUGUGCACGGCUUGACAAGGACAUUGACCAAGACGACGGACUCUGUGUGUGGCAUUCGACAGGUGAGCAGCGACGACUUCUGCACUUUCCAGAUGGAGCUGAGCAAUGGAGCAUACGCAACCGUCACGCUGAACAGCCACUGCGCGGGCCAGUUCAGCCAGGAGCUUCUGGUGUGCGGCACCCGCGGCAACCUGGUGGUGCGCAGCGGGGAUUUGCACGGCCAGCGCAAAGGCGCCAAGGAGGAAGUGCUGUACCUGGACGUUGAGGACUUGAAACAGGCGCCUGACUGCGUGGUGCCGAAGCCGCACGCCAAGGGACUCGUCAAGAUGGUUACGGCGCUGCGGGAUGCUUUCGCCUCGCGUGCCCAUGGCCAGGGCUGGGCCAAGGAACCUACCGAAAGUGCUGCUAGUUUCGAGGAUGGCCUAUACAUUCAAGCGGUUAUGGAAGCCGUGCGCCAAUCGUCGCAGGUGCGCCAGUGGGCGCGCGUGCAGUUGUUGCAGGACGAGGGCCGCAACAAGGGUGCCUUCUGCUGCCUCUAUCGUAUGGCCAGUGCCUCCAUGUAGUUACUCCUCAGCUUUAUUUAUUGCAAGAUGACGCACAAUUUGUACACACCUUGCCACCUCCACAGCACAGGGAUGUAGGGGUGCAGCUUCACUUUGCAGGUCAUGCAGAGUUUGCAUGGGUGCUAAGUGUAUAUAGCCCUCCUGAAAUCGGUGCCACUAAUUUACAGCUUCUUCUGGACAGAUUUACCUGCCUGCAUUUAUGCAACCUCUUUUUUUUUCUUUUUUCCAGUAUUUUCAUGCAGGUGCAGCUGCCUUUUCAUACUUAUUGAGUAGCAAAGGACUGAGCACACAAAGUGUGCACAUCUCUUGUUGCCAAUACCUCUUAGUGCAACAUUUGAAGGAGCCUGAGCAAAGAAAAUUCAAAGCAGCUUGGUGGUCAUUGGCAAGUAGUGCUAUGUCAUAGUCUUCUCGAGGCUCAGAGCGAACAGAAAGUGCAGCUGUACUUAUGCAAGUAUACAGCAAAUUGUAGGUUGUGCUAGCAUUAACGUGAUACAUGUGCCCUCGCUGAAGCUACAUGUGCAUUGUUUGUCCUGUUGUGAUUACAAGGUAGCUGACGAUCUCAGGUUGCUUUUAAUCUCUGCUGUCAUUGUUAGUACCUGUUCAAGUUUUGAAUGAAAUUCUAGUCCUUUUCUACAAAUGGCCUGUAGUGCUUAUCAAGAAAAGGGUGCAGUGGCCCUUUUGCCAAUGAUCUUGAACAUAUUUUGAGGGAUUUCACUGUUUUUGCCCACUGCUGCAUUUAUUUUGUUUGGCAGCUUGUUCUCAUUUAUACACUUGUUUUGCGAACCUAUAAUGCUUUUUUUUUUUUUUAUAAUUGCAACUCUGGCAUGUAACACAUCAACACCUACACGUAUAUAUUACACACAUACAGACACUUGUUUCCUCUCUACACUAUGGUGCAUCAAUUUUCUGAUUAUUGUUGUAAAUGUUGCCACUGCAAAAGAUUGGUACUUAAGGUAAUACCUCUCCAGCCAAUAAUUAAAAGCAUAGUUGUUAAACAUACCUUGUAGAAUGUUUUAGUGUAUUCGGUAAAGCCACAAGCCUAUCAGAAUGCAAUAAAGUUCAAGGUAACCAUUUAGCAUUGUUGGCUGUGUCAUUAAUAUUCCCUUUUAUUUCACAUAUGAGAUUCCCCUCUCGCUUGUUUUAUGGUAGUUGCUCACCUCCUCCUAGCUAUAGUAAUAUGGUCUACUUCAUGAUAGCAAUCCAUAAGCGGUGCCUUAAUGCAGGGGCCACCUAAUCGUGGGUACUGUUUGUCAUUUAUAAUUGUCCUUCUUGUAAUGCUGGCAUAUAGUGCAUAGUUUUCUCGACUCUAGUGUAGUCUUGUGUUGAAAUAGCCUUAUGUCUAUUAUACCGGUGUCACACGUACACUUCUGAUCGCAAUCAGGGCCCAUCCGGAUCAAGUGUUGCCACACGGUCAUUUGUGAUCACGAUCUUGCGGGAUCCGGAUUCGGACAAUCGCGAUCCAUGAAUCGUGAUCAGGCCUCUUGAUCACGAUUGCAGGCGGACGUCUGCACCCUCUAGCGCAGUAUUCUGAAAAUGCUAAAAAGAGUGAAGGGGCAGGUCAAUAAAAAACGUUUAAAAACUUAUCACCAAAAGUAAGCAGUAAAAUUGAAAAAAUGCAAAAAUAAAACCAUAUUUUGGAUAUCUGCAUUUGUAGCUAAGGCACUAUGGGGGGGGGGGGGGGGGGCAGUUCUGAGAGUUGCUGACGAUCAGCAGACAAUAAUGACUCUAUCUAGAUCGUUGGACCUUGUAGCAGCGUCCAUUGUUGAUCGCGAUCACAAGUGUACAUGCGACACCGGUAUAUGAUGAUGAACAUUUUUACUUACUUGAACCUCUUCCAAUGUCUUAAAAACUAGACUAUCUUUUUGUGGUUGUCUACAUGUUACCUUAUUCUGCCUCUAGAAGUCUUGCACAAGUUUGUGUCAUUAAGUGUGUGUGACAGCUGUAACAUUAAUAAAUCAGUGCACAUGGAAAGCAUGUGCAAGGCGACAUAA